AUGGCCUCCCUCAAUGCUGCAAGCCUCACCACAGAGCUCUCACAAUCCCCAAAGGCAAAAGUCGACAAGACAACCCUCAAGUUUGGGCAUACCUUCACAGACCACAUGCUAUCGUGUGAGUGGGAUGCCGCAACAGGCUGGUCAGCACCACGCAUCACACCUUACCAAAACCUAUCGCUGGAUCCUGCUACCUGUGUCUUUCACUAUGGCUUUGAAUGCUUUGAAGGCAUGAAGGCCUACAAGGACAAAGCCGGCAAAGUGCGACUCUUUCGUCCAGAUAUGAAUAUGGCCCGUCUGCGUCGUUCAGGCGCACGCAUUGCUUUGCCUGACUUUGAGGGCGAUCAAUUGAUUGCUGCCAUCAAGGAAUUCCUCAAAGUGGAUCAUGACUGGAUCCCAGAGGGACAAGGCUACUCCCUCUACAUUCGUCCAACCUUUAUCGGCACGCAAAAGACGCUGGGCAUUGGUCCAGUUGGGUCUGCCAUGAUUUUCGUCAUUGCCUCACCCGUCGGCCCAUACUACCCGUCUGGCUUCAAGGCUAUCUCCUUGUGGGCCACCAGUGACCAAGUCCGUGCGUGGCCCGGUGGUUUCGGUGAUGCAAAGCUCGGUGCAAAUUACGCACCGGGUGUGACGGCUCAAGCAGCCGUUGCUGCACGCGGGUAUGAGCAAAACCUGUGGUUGAAUGGCGCUGAACACAAUGUCGGCGAAGUAGGUACGUCCAACUUGUUCAUUGUGUGGGUGAAUGAACAAGGCGACAAGGAAAUCAUUACUGCACCGUUGGAUGGGACCAUCUUGGCCGGUGUCACGCGAGACUCCAUCUUGGCGCUUGCUCGGGAACGCUUGCCUGACUAUAAAGUCACAGAAGCGCUAUUUACGAUGCCACAGGUGAUGCAGGCGGCCAAGGAAGGCAGGCUCAUGGAGGCCUUUGGUGCAGGGACUGCGGUGGUGACGGCGCCAGUCAAGAAGAUCCAUUACAUGGGCACGGAUAUUGAUGUGCCGUUGCAGGCAGGUAAGGAAGCUGGGGCGAUUGCUGAGCAGAUGCUGGGAUGGAUCACUGGGAUCCAGUAUGGCGAUGAGCCUGGUCACCCGUGGUCUGUGAUUGUGGACUAG